ACUUUGAUUUUCAAAGUCAAAAUCAAAGUCACAUAGUUAUUUUUACACCAAUUAUAGUGUUAAAAUUACCCAACUUUUUUAAUGAUAUCAAAUUGAGACAACAAACGAAUCAAAAUUGUUGCGAGGCAACAAUUAUGUUAUUUUAACCCCAAAUGUAGUGUUAAAAUUACCCAACUUUUCUAAGGAUAUCAAAAUUGAGACAAAAAACGAAUCAAUUUUGAUACCCUUAGAAAAACUAUGUGACAAAAUUAGCAAUUGAAGUUCUGACGUGAUUAUUGAAUAUAAAGAAGAGAAAUUAUCUGUCAAUAAAUCGAUAGUAAAGUACUGUGAAGUAGUUGGAGAAUGAUAAUACGUGCAAAAAUAGUGUAGAUGUGAGAGAAGAGCAUAAAACAACAUUGGCUAUUGAUUUGACCCUACAGCACCUCCCCCGUAUAUUUAGAAUCGAACAUCUAGAACUUCAACCUCACCUUAACCCUGAACAAACUCUCUCUGCAUGAUGCACAACUUUUCAGCAAUUAUACUGAGAUUUCUCAAUUCACAUUUUCACAAAUAUUAAUGACCCAUUUUGCAAAAAGCGGAAUUUCGAGUGAGUCAUGAGAAUUUCUAGAAUUAAAAGGGGGUUAAAGUUAAAUCUAUUACAUUCAAACGUAUAAUUUCCUUUAACGAUUUCAAGGAAUAAGAACUGAUAUGUGCUUUAAAUAAACCUACGAACUUUAUUGUAUAUUAGAAUUUUCAAUUUCAACUCGAAAAUUCAUUUCUACGUAUAAAAAUUUUUAAUAUGUUUAAUAUCUUUACUAUGUUUAAUCGAAAAGUUCAACACUGUUGAAUAUUAAACUUUUAUGAUUUAAUCCAAUUAUGGAAGGGAAUUAUUAUUACUUUUUUCAUCAUUCUGAGUAUAAAGAGCGAAUGUAUUCUAUGACAAUGCAGUUUUUUGCUUCAUUGUUUGUUAAAAUGUAUGUUUUAAUGCAUAAUGCAUAAUACGAGGUCAAAAUAAUUUUUUUAUAUUGUUUGAUUUAAAAUUUCGUGGUGUAAAAGAAAAAGCUGUAUGUAGUUAUAUAUCUGUAAUUAUGGCGCAUUGCAGAAUAUCAGAGAGAGAGAGAGAGACGUGCUCUGUCUAUUGCCAAGGAUGCUGAAGUGAUGAAGAAUGUCAAAUCGUUUGAUGAAAUUCCUGGUCCAAAGGGUCUGCCUUUCUUAGGAAGUUUUUUCAAAUACUUCCCGAUUAUAGGCGACUACGAUGUGAAACGAUUGCACAUUAUAGGAAAAAAAAAAUUUAUGGCAUAUGGACCACUUGUGAGGGAAAAAGUUUUAGGUCAAACGAUAGUUUGGGUUUUUCGUCCCGAGGAUAUUGCGGAAAUUUUUAAAUCUGAAUACGGAAAAAUUCCAGCAAGAAGAAGCCAUCUUGCACUCUAUAAAUAUAGAACUGACAGAAAAGAAAUCUACAAAACAGGAGGACUUUUACCAACCAAUGGUACCGAAUGGCUGAGAAUAAGAAGACAAUUUCAAAAAUCCUUAAGUAAACCCCAAGAGGUGGUGAUGUAUCUCAAAGAUGCAAAUUCAGUAAUGGAGAAAUUUGUCGACUAUUGCAAGCAAAAAGAUUAUGAUGAUCUUCUGCCCCUUUUAUCUCGUCUAUACUUGGAGUUAAUCGGUUUGGUUGCAUUCGAUGAAAAAAUGAAUAGUUUCUCUAAAGAGGAGAUGCGAGAAGACUCCAAGUCUACGAGAUUAAUUGACUCUGCUCUAGUUACAAACGAUGCUGUUUUGCAUUUGGACGGAAAUAUGAGACUCUGGCGAUUCUUCGAUACUCCUCUCUACAAAAAAAUGAGCAAAGCCCAAGAAUUUAUGGAAUCAGUCGCAGUGGAUAUGGUGAAGAAAAAGAAAGAUACAUUGAAGAAUUUAACGAAAGAUAGACAACUUUCUUUGCUAGAGACGUAUUUACUGAAUGAAAAUUUGGACGAAAGAGAUGUCGUCGGUAUGGCUUGUGAUAUGUUACUCGCUGGAGUAGAUACUACGACAAAUACAUCUGCCUGGGUUUUGCAUCAUUUAGGAAGAAAUUUGAAAGCACAAGAAAAAUUGUACCAAGAGGCUUCUAGUUUACUCCCGAAUAAAAAUGAUACCAUUACAUGUGAUAUUUUGAAGCAGGCAAAUUAUGCAAAAUUAGUUUUAAAAGAGACUCUCAGACUAAAUCCAAUUUCUGUGGGAGUUGGAAGAAUUUUACAGACUGACGUAGUUCUUAAUGGCUACAAAAUUCCAAAGGGAACGAAUGUAGUAACUCAGAAUCAAGUAAUCUGCCGAUCGCCGGAAUAUUUCUCUGAUCCUGAUUCGUUUAUACCCGAACGUUGGUUACGAAAUGGAGACAAUUUAAAGUAUAAUUCAGAAAAACCGAUUCAUCCCUACGCUGUGUUGCCGUUCGGUCAUGGAUCUCGAUCCUGCAUAGCUAGACGCUUGGCAGAACAAAAUAUGCUAGUUUUCAUUUUAAAGAUAUCUAGAAAUUUUCAAUUUACUUGGCAAGGUGGAGAACUCGAUUCUAUGAGUUUGUUAAUUAAUAAACCAGACGCUCCCAUUAAACUCAAAUUUAGCGAAAGAUAAACUAAGUGUAAUAUAUUAAAUAAUUUAAGUUGUAAAUCACGUUCCAUUUUUAUUUUUACCUUUUUCCCUUAUUAGAUAUUAAACAAUUUUUUUCAUUUGUAAAAGACUCUCCCAGUUAAAAAAAUCCAAAGGC